GAGACCAUGGUGGAGUCCACCUUCAUGUACCUGACCCUGGACCUGCCCACCGCCCCGCUCUACAAGGACGAGAAGGAGCAGCUCAUCAUCCCCCAGGUGCCCCUUUUCAGCAUCCUGGCCAAAUUCAACGGCGCCACGGAGAAGGAGUACAAAACCUACAAGGAGAACUUCCUGAAGCGCUUCCAGCUCACCCGCCUGCCGCCCUACCUCAUCUUCUGCAUCAAGCGCUUCACCAAGAACAACUUCUUCGUGGAGAAGAACCCCACCAUCGUCAACUUCCCCAUCACCAACGUGGACCUGCGCGAGUACCUGUCGGAGGAGGUGCAGGCCGUGCACAGCCACACCACCUACGACCUCAUCGCCAACAUCGUGCACGACGGGAAGCCGGCCGAGGGCUCCUACCGCAUCCACGUCCUGCACCACGGCACUGGGAAGUGGUACGAGCUGCAGGACCUGCAGGUGACCGACAUCCUGCCGCAGAUGAUCACCCUUUCCGAGGCCUACAUCCAGAUCUGGAAGCGGCGGGAGGAGGACGAGACGAACCAGCAGGGCGCCUGAGCUCCCGAGCGCCCAUUAAACGCCUUUCCUUUCUUCUUUUUC